AUGGUUGACCCAACCUCCAUCAAGGGAGAGAUCCUUGAGAUGACUGGCGAGCAUGUGGAGCAGCUCCAUUCAAUGUGGUUCCUCAUGUUCGAGCCGAAGACAUGCGAGGACUUUCUGCACAAACUCAAGGCGCACGCGGAUAAUUUCUAUACGGAUCUGCUGACCGAGUCGCGGGAGAAGCAGGCGGCCAUCCUGGAUGACAUAGCCGCAUUCCGAGCCGAGGCCAGCGACCUCACCCGACUCCUCCAUGAGACGGUGGACAUUGGUCAGAGGCCCGACGAUGUGCCACUGAUCAUAUGGCAGCUGAAGCUGGACAAAAGCAUUGAGCAUCUGCGCGAGGAGCUCUCGAAACGUCGGGCGGAGAUCGGGGAGCUGCUGCUCCAGCAGGAGCAGCUCUGCGAAGCACUGCCGCUCCCUCUACUGGCGGACCCGCUGCCCCUGCCCGAUGAGAUGGACGGCUUUCGCGACCAUCUCAACAACCUGCGCUCUCAGCGCGCAGUGCGCCAGACGGAGCUGGACCAGCUGCGCAAGGCCAUCAAGCAUGGCAUGAAGAUGCUCGAGCUGAUGCCCCAGACCGAUGCAGAGGAUCGCCUACUGAACGAUCUGAGCCACAAUCUAACACCAGAGACACUAGAGCGGCUGCGGCAGAUGCGCAACAGUUAUGCCGAGCAGAUCCAGGAGCUGCGCUCCAAAAUCCAUGACAUGCGCGAGAAGAUCUACGUGCUGUGGGAUCGCCUCCAGGAGACAGACGAGAGCGCCAUGCGACGAGUGCGCGAGUGCACCGAGAAUACGCAGCGCACCUAUGACAUCCUCCAUUCGGAGCUGCAGCGCUGCCAGGCACUGCGCAGCCAGAACCUCAAGACGUUCAUCGAGCAGCUGCGAUUCGAGAUAAGCAUGUGGUGGGAUCUAACGCUCAAGAGCCAGCAGGAGCGCAAGCGUUUCUCCAACUACUACAAUAAGUAUUACAACGAAGACCUGUUGGAGCUGCACGAGCUGGAGCUGGAUGAUCUGAAGAGCUUCUACACGUGCAACAAGGAGAUUUUCGAUCUGUACGAGAGCCGUGCAGAACUUUGGUCCCGCUUGCAGACUCUAGAGGCAAAGGCCAACGAGCCGAAUCGUUUCAACAAUCGUGGCGGCCAGCUCCUUAAAGAGGAAAAGGAACGCAAGGCCAUCACCUCGAAGCUGCCCAAGAUUGAGCAGCAGAUCACUGAACUGGUGCACGCCUAUUAGGUGCAAUCGCAUGGCCCAUUUCUGUUUUAUGGCGAGAACAUACUGGAGCUGAUGGCUGGCGAAUGGGAGGAUAGUUCUCGGCCCGCAAGCAGAGCUCGGCCC